UUCUGUUACAUUGUAGCAAAAUGGCGACUGUCAUUCACAACCCCCUGAAAGCACUCGGGGACCAGUUCUACAAAGAAGCAAUUGAGCACUGUCGCAGCUACAACUCUCGGCUGUGUGCUGAGCGGAGCGUCCGCCUUCCCUUCCUGGAUUCACAAACUGGGGUAGCUCAGAACAACUGCUACAUCUGGAUGGAGAAAAGGCACAGGGGACCAGGCCUGGCCCCAGGUCAGCUGUACACGUACCCAGCACGUUGCUGGCGCAAAAAGAGGCGUUUGCAUCCCCCUGAGGAUUCCAGACUGAAGCUGCUGGAAAUUAAACCUGAAGUUGAUCUGCCUCUGAAAAAAGAUGGAUUCACGUCAGAAAGUACAACUCUGGAAGCCUUGCUGCGUGGAGAGGGAAUAGAGAAAAAAACGGACACUAAAGAAGAAGACACUAUACAAGAAAUCCAGAGGGUUUUAGAAAAUGAUGAAAAUGCAGAUGAAGCGAAUGAGGAAGAGGAUCUGGAAGAAGAUAUUCCAAAACGAAAGAACAGGCCUAGAGGACGGCCAAAGACCCCCACCUGGAAAAAAAUUUUCCAGAAAAAUGCUCGGGGAUCUGGAGGUGGCAGGAGACGGAAUGAUGCUGCCUCCCAGGAUGAUCAUGACAAACCCUAUGUCUGUGACAUCUGUGGCAAGCGUUACAAGAACAGGCCUGGGCUGAGCUACCACUAUGCUCACACCCACCUCGCCAGUGAAGAGGGUGAUGAAGCCCGCGAGCAGGAGACCCGCUCUUCCCCUGUCCACAGAAAUGAAAACCACAAACCCCAGAAAGGACCAGACGGGGUCAUCAUUCCCAAUAACUACUGUGACUUCUGCCUCGGAGGCUCCAAUAUGAACAAAAAAAGUGGCCGGCCUGAGGAACUUGUAUCGUGCUCAGACUGUGGGCGCUCUGGACACCCGACCUGCCUGCAGUUCACCACAAACAUGACUGAGGCUGUUAAAACCUAUCAGUGGCAGUGCAUUGAGUGCAAAUCCUGCAGCCUUUGUGGGACCUCUGAGAACGAUGACCAGCUGCUCUUCUGUGAUGACUGUGACCGUGGCUAUCACAUGUAUUGCUUGAAUCCACCAGUCUUUGAGCCCCCAGAAGGGAGCUGGAGUUGUCAUUUGUGCCGGGAGCUGCUCAGAGAGAGAGCAUCAGCUUUUGGCUUCCAGGCCUGAGGAGCUCCAGCAGUCAAGAAACACUUUGCUCCUGGUGUUGCCAUACCAGCACACAAUUCCCAUCCAGAACACAAAGACACAACCCACAUCAAAACGAACGGACACUCAAAUACAGGAAGAGGUACCUGUGGUAUUCACUGUCACUAAUGCCAUACCUCCUGGGCUCUACUAGAAGGAUCACGUACUUUCCCAAUGCUCCGGAUGAAAUCUCUUCACUGCUAUGCAUGGUUGCUGCUUACCAUUAAGGGCUCACAUGCUUUAUAGAAGGGGGAGGGUUGUUGUAUCGACAUGGAGAAGUCAAUUUUGUGUGGCCUUGUGUUUUCUGUUUCGUCUUCUUUUCAAAGAAGUAAGAUAUCUCCCAGGGAAUUAUUGGUGAGUACUUUGGCUGGGAGCAGCACCAGUUGUUUCUCUUCACAGGCAUGACUGGAAAUGUCUUUACUGCAACCACUCUGUAUUCGCAGGGGGGCUUUGCGAGUUGCAUUAGUUCAAUACUUCCCAGGUCUUCAACAAUGUGUUGUCACUGAGAGAAGCACUGAUCAAAAUUUUGGGGGGGUGACACUUUCUCCCUUGGAUCAAGUGCUUUGAUUUGGCAGCUCUUUAGAAAUCUGGUUUUAGUAUCUCUGAAGGAAGAACAGUACCAGUAUGUACACACACACACACACACACACACUUAGAAAAGCCUACCGUCUUUGGUAAUUCAGGAUAUUCAGGCACACGGUCCCACUGUAGUGCCAGCAUACAGUCCAGACUCAUCAUUUUAUUUUUGUUCAGAAAAUCGCAAAUGGAUAUGUAUGUAACUGACUUGCUGUUUAGCUCAGAAAAUUGAACAAAAGAAAAACAUCAUCUUAAGUUGACCAUAGAAAGUGAAAUUGUCAGUUUUCUGAGCAACCUAAAGUAAGCUGCAAAAAGGAACAACUUUGGCUUAGGGUCAAAUGAAGCACUUUUGAUUAAUUUUUUAAAAUUUCUAAACUAAAAUGUUCUGCAACUUAAAGUUGCAUUUUAUUCCAGGAAUUGCCUAAUCAGGACUUCCAGCAUUUCCAAAGUGUUACUGUUUUUUAUCAAAGUAAUUAUCAAGAUCUAGCUGAAUUUUCAAAUAAUUUUGCCCCCAAAUUCUCUACAACCACAUUUUUGCCAAACAUGAUAAUUUGUCAGAAAAUGUUCCCCAGCUCUAUAGGAGGGAAUAAUUUGCUGAACCUAAUAGGAAAAGAAAGAUUUUCAUAAUGAUUUUAAAAUUUAAAUAGAAAUAGUUGUACUUUAUUUAAGCAAACCUCUACAUGUGAAAUGAAGAAACAUUAAGCAAGAGCAUCAAGUGAAAAAAUAUUAUUACAGUUGCGUCUCUUUGAAUAAUUUAAGACAUCACUAGGAGGACAAGUGAGUACAUUAAGGAAUUUCUACCAGAUACAUCUUUAAGGUUAAAAACCUGCAACUCCCCGAACUGCCAAGUAGCCCAGAAUGACCAUUUUCUUGGGUAUGAUGUAUAUUACUUUUUAUGCAUAGAUUUAAGUGGGUUUAUAAUAUAAAUUUAUGAAAGUCCCAAGCAGCAUGUGACUCGAGUUGCUUGUACAAGUAGGUAAAGACACUGAAGAUUAUAUUUGGCAUAUUUAUAUUGGUUGAAACUUUUCUGCAAAAUUAAAUGUCCCCGAACACUUGAAAGGACAUUGUGAAAGAAUAUUGGUGAGCUAAUUUUUCUUCCUUCUCCUGCUAAUUACACUUAGUUAGAAUGACCUAUACUGACCUAAUGCACUUUCCCUCAUUAUUUAGGUAGUUUCUUCACCUUUUGCAUUUUGUUCAGCUUGCACGCUGAAAGUAGCCGUGUCAGCUGCUGGAUUCUCCCACAUUCUGUUGCACCUUCUUCUCAGGCUGCAGCAGGAGUAUUUCAACCUGCUAGAAAAAGAUUUAGAAAGUAUUUUUGCUAGUCAUAUUGGACCAAAUCUCACUCCUCUCUCCAGUGCUCCUGCUGGUAGAGCAGCUGCACUGGCUACCUGUGAAAUUCAUUCAAUACCUUAUGCUUUCCAUGUGACAGCCCCUCAGACAAGCCGAGAGUACGAAGAAAUUUGAGCAUCAGGUGCGGGGAGGGUAAAGCGGGAGCCCAUGGACCUGCGCUAGGUGUCUGGUACCUGUUGGGACAAAGCUCUAGAAAAAAUGUAAACUGAAGGGUCUUCCUCCCACUCUGGAACUGCCCUGGCCCCGGGGAGCACUUGGGGGCCACAGCUCAUCCGCAUGAGCAUUUGCACCCGUCUGUUGGUGUGGUCAAACCCCGCUGACCUGGCGCUUUGGGACCAUCUCAUGGUUCAGGCCGAUACAAAGUCCUGUUGCUGCUGUGGCCAGGAAGGCAAGUAUGUAUUCACCAGAGACACCGCUGGGCUCUCUCGUGGAAAGCGAGUGUUUUGGCUAGAGGGGCUGGAGCUGAGAACCGCGUGCGCUGGAGGAAAGUUUUACGGUGGUGCUGGUGGUGGGAGCAGCAGAGGUGGGUUAGUGUUUGGGCUGGUGCUCAGCUACCAGUCCUGCUGGGCUUAGGGAGCUCCAUCAUAAAAAUGGCCAUCGCCUUCCAGUUUCCUGGUAGUUGCAUUGGCCUUGGGAGAGGAGUAGGACAACGUCUGCAUUAUCAGAUGGAGAGGAAAAUGCAUAUUGUUUUAGCCUGCGUGUUAAGCAGACAGUGGUGGCUCAUCGUGAAAGUCUCAGGCAGCCCUGUUGGUGGGACCAGCUGGUGCAGAAAGUAGCGCUCUCCAUCUCUGUGACAGAGACAUUGCUAAAUGAGCUGUGCUCUGCGCGCACACCUGCUUUUCUAUUUUGUGGUUUGAUCCGUAGUGCUGACUCUUUUCUUCUCCCACAACCACUCUGCAGUGAACAGUGUCUUUCAUGUUUGGAAAUAUUCCUCAGUGGCCUUGCUGAAGUUUCAUCACUAAUGAGGUAUGACAGAAACAGAGAGUGCUAGAUCUUCAACGGCAAAAUAUUGUUUGCCAUUUGAGAUCAGUAUAAUAGGGUACGUACCCACAGUGGUCCGGCUGCAUUUCGUCUCUCCAGCUUUGUGCUGCGUCGCUGUGUAGCCAGGCAGCUCCAGGUGACUUUGGCAGCAGAUGAGAUGCAAGCUCUCCCACGUUGAGAACUUCCUCCAGCUACAGGCUCCCUUCUUCACUAGCUCGCUCUAGGAUAAGGGGCUGGGACGAACCUCUCAGAGACAUUUUAGCAUGCGCUCAGAGUCAUACGUCUCGGUGCACUUCAGAAAUAUUAAUUGAUCCACCAAGUGAACAAUGCCGUACCCGCUUUACCAAGAUGUGGGGAGGUUGUGGCACAGCCAUGGGGGUGAGGCAUAGGAGUUUAGAAACUCUGAUAACUGAUUCCCUGUCACCUGGUACUCCCAGGGGACAGCCUUCCCGCGUGACCGCUGGGAUGAACGACACCAUCCACUCUCAGGCAAGUCUUGAGACCGCUCGUAGCAGUGAUCUGGUCUGGGCAGUAAACAACUUGAGGACUCUGGCCCUGGAUGCUCCUUUCUCUCUUGCUGAGGCAGGACGUGCAAGUUGGGUGGCAGCCCCUGAGGUGAUCAAACUCUGGCGUAUUUCAAAACUCUUCUGAGUAGGCAAGGCAAGUAAUAUUUUAGCACAAAUCAGGGCAAACUACCAUGCGAGAUGGUAGAUCCUGCGUCCCUUGAAGUCUUCAAAUCAAGAAUGGGCAGCUUCCUAGAAGAUGUGUUUUAAUUAAACACAAUCUUAGUUAAUCACAGGAACGUCUGACCGAAAAAGGCUUGUGUUAUAGAGGAAGUCAGGCUGGAUGAUGUAAUUGUUCUUCCUGUCCUUAUUAUAAAAACAGAUGUUUACUGUGGGACAGGAUGUAUUUAAAUACAAGCUGUGUCUGCAUAAUGGCCUUCAAGUAUGUUAGUUUAAAUGUAUUCGUGUGCUCCUUCUCAUUUUUAACCCAUUUUGGCUAACCUGAAAAAGGUCAGUUAUAGUAAAUUGCCUUUACUGAUGCAGUAAAUUGUGCAUUACCUCCUUCACGCCCAUGACGGCAGCUACAUUGGUGUUAGCUACCUCAGGCUGUUCCUGAGUUUGAACGAUUCAGACUAUAUUGUGUGAAACCAUGGCUUGGUUCUGGCUUUCCCUCCAUCAUGUUUGUGUGUUGUGUUGCCCAGUUUUCUGCCCCGUGGUGGGAAGGCUGGCUGGGGAGGGGACCUGCUGCGGUGGCAGCCUCAGAAACCAGAGGGGUGGAGAAAAGGUCAUAAAAAAAGGGGUGCAUCCAAGUCGUACCGCUGAGGAGGUGAGCUCACGUUACCAUCACCGAGCCUCCCCUGUAGCUCGGAAAAGGCAAUACCUUUACAGAACAUGAGAUGGGUCCCAUUCUGCCUCCAAACUGUACUUCCAUAGAUGUGCCUUUGGACAGAGUUUACAGCAUUUCUGUAAAGGUACCUUAGGCCAGUUCUUGAGCUAGGAAAGCCACUGUUAAGUGUGUUAUUUUAAAGCAAAUGUUGCUGUAAAUAACUUUGAAAUGAUUCUUUCUCAGCUUUCUUUAAAAGGAGCUGAGUAAAUUCUGCCCCAAAGGAAGACUCUCCCGCAGUGUGCGGUGUUAUGGGGCUGUUGCAUGUUCUUUACACCUACAGCAUGUGUUUUGACAGGGGUCAUUUGGGAGGUAAGGAGUGGAUGGGGGUAGAAAAGAAUAUUAAUUAAGCUUGUCACUGCCGGAGGGAUAGUGUGCAUUGUGUGCAAGGAAAUUCCAGGUAGAGCUGGGCAUGGUUUUUCUGUGUGGAAUAAAUUUAUUUUUAAAAAAUGUGGUUUUGAGAGAACCACAAUUAUUCACAUAUCCAAGUUCAAUCUGGCAAAUUAUUUCAUACAAAAAAUAUGGGGGGAAUAUUGGAAGAGCUGAAAAUGCUUGUUUCAAUCUUUUUAGAAUGAAUCACUUCAAUAUUGGAAUUUUGAAGUUAAUUCAAUUUCAAAAUUAAAAAAUUAAACAGCCUUCAUUUGACAUAAAACAUCUAAUGUGAGGGUCAAAAGUAUUUCAGGUCUAUCAUCUGAAUUGAAAUUUUCCAAAUUUUCUGAUUUAGUGUCAUAUCCACCACUGUGCAUCUGGUUAAUUCAGCUCCAGCAUGGCAAGGAAUUGCAUUAGAGAAAACUUUACAGUAUCUACUUAAAAGAAAGUUAGAAGCUAUGGAGGAAUAGGAAUCUUUAACAUGAUGCAACUGGUUCAUCUAAAAGUAAAAGAAGAUAAAUAAAAUGGAGAAUAAUGUAAUCUUGAAUGCUAGGAGCACUUUCUUAGAGUGACACGUCUUGGUUGAUCUCACUUGUCUGUCUGUCUAUCUAAUCAGUUGGAAAUGCUAACUGUUAGUCUAUAAAACUGUCUUUCAUAGCAGAAGGGGGAAAUGCUUUAUGUUUUCCUGAUAUAAAAAAAAAAACUGGACAAAGCAAAAGAGACUAUAUUGGGAACAAUUUGGCACUGCUCUGGGAGGGCAGAAAAUGCAAAUCUUAUGGAGGAGAUGAUUAAAAGAUGGAUUGUCAUGUCAAUUUUGUCAUGGGAGCCUGCGGUUGGACAAGAGGAGGUCCUCACCUGAAAUGUUAACAGUUGACCUGAUCUAUAUUUUUUGUGAAAAUAAGUUCUGGGGAGAGGAGCAGGCAGGCGGGGCAGGAAAGCCCUCUUCUCUAGCCAGUUCUGCAUUUGUUAUGAUCUUAGCGUCUCGUACUUUUGCAUUAUCUACUACAUGGCAGGAUAAGGGACGUAUACGUUAAUUUUCUUUAGGCAGCCGGGCAGGGUGACCGCCACUGCCAGGGCAGGAGCAGGCGGGUGCUGUCCCUCUCCUGCCCCGGCCCCCAGGACAAGAGGUGUCUGUAGAAACAACCCGCAGCCAAACAGGCAGAGAUGCUCACGUACUCAUUGCCAAACUUAGGCCUCCGUUAACAGCAGCUGACCCGAAUGGGAGACGGCCCACCCAGCAGAGCUGCGGGUUGUGCCAGGCUGCCCGCUGGCGUGGAGAGUCAGAGCUGCUCUGAGGUUAUCUGGAAGCGUGACGUUUCACCGCACCUAAGCAGAGUUAUAAAGCGUGGGGUUUAUUUCCACUUACAACAGGGAUCGCGGCACCUCUGUGGGCAGGUACCCAAAGUCUCUGUGCCUCACUUUUGGGGGAAAGGCAGCACGGCAAUUCGGAGCUGUUUUUGUAAAGCACUUGGGGCCCGCCAACUGCAUGCGAGCGCUGAGUGCUGCCGUGUACGACGGUGCUGCAGACCCAGGCUGUGGCAGAGCAAGCGGAGCCAAGUCUCCCGUGCCGUUCCUUACGCCAUUUAUUUCUGUCGGCCACGGGCCGGUGACGCUGCCUGGGGAGAUGGGAGCAGGUGACAAGCCAGGAGUUGGAUGCCGAAGGUCCAAGACCCUGCAGAGGAAAUGGAAAGUUUUAGUUACUGUGGCUGUACUUCUCCUCUGGCCAAAGAGGGCAGGAGCUGGGACUGGCAGGCAGCCAAAUCCAUCUUCGGUGGUGAUAUAAUUACUAACAACGACCUCCAGCCCCGGCAGUAGUUAAAUGGCUUUUCAGGGCGGGCACCGGACCCGCUCUGGUUUACAUAAGAUAAACUCAGUUUUGCUGGAGGGGAAGGGAGAGAAAGGGGGUUCUCUGGUCCGAAGGGGACUGAUUUAUAAGCGCAGCUGCCCAGCCUGCUCCACGUCACGUUCCCGUGGCAGCGCGGGCUCAGGCAGCCUCCUUUCUACCGGCGCUGGUGCCGUCGACCAGGGCCAGAGCGUCAGGUCCCCGCUCCUGGGGAGCAGUUUUGCAGAGAGAGUGCUGGCGCUGCCCCAGCUCUGUCCUCCGCGGGCGCAGGGUCUCACCGCGCUGCAGACAAGGGCGAGAGUGACCCCCAGCCCUUGGGGGACAGUGGGUCUCUCGAAGGAGCCAGGCUGCAAGAUGUGCAAGCGCGAUUUGGCUGUCCCGACGGCCAAGUCUUAGCGUGGGGCAGAGGAGAGGUGCAUUACUGUCCUGUCUCUCCAGCUGUGCUGCUGGGGUGUUUGGCGAGUCCCACCACCACCGUGCAUCGAGGCACUUAACUGGCGGGGGGAGGGAGGGGGAAGCUAAACAAUGCCAGGCGUUUUGCAGCUGGGGAAUCAAGCCAAUAGUUUAUUAAUGUUUGGUGUGUGUUUCUGCCACGUUGGAUGAAAGUGUGAAGUAUUAUUACAGUAUUCACCCAAGCAUUUAGAAUAUACAUUGUUACUGCUGGUUUGAAAUGAGGAAACUGCUAUUUCCAGAAUAGCUUACCUCCCUUUGCGUGCAUGAAGUUAACAAUAAAACACUUCAUACCUGAAAAUUGUUGAUUUUUCAGGUAUUGAUAUUUUCUUUCAGACACCUGUCAGGCUAGUCAUCCACUCAAUUCAGUCCAUUGUAACAAACUAUAGGUUUCACCUCCACAGUGGCUCAGGAAACGUUUCCUCUCUCCCCACUUUUCAGAAGCCAAGGAGAGAGAAGGGCAGGCUUUAUUCUUUGUAUUCUGAAAGAGUGAUAAAGAAUGACAAGCCCAUUUCGUGUUCAUCCCCUUGCCAUGUCUAGAAUGAUUGAAUUGGUUGGCUGGGAGUGCGCCUCUUUUUGUAGCAGUCUGAAGGGUCUUUGCUGGCAUGUCUCGCCUGUGUAUGAGAUAUUACAGUCUGGAGUUUUGUCCCCUUGGAUAGGACUCUUCCUGCUGUUGCCAUGUAAGACUUUGAAACUGCUAAUUCUCAUCAAGAAACCAUGUGCCUACAGUCCCGAAUAUCAAGAUAAGGAUUUCCCUUAGAUUCCUCAAGAUUUUCUGCCUGGAAGGCCAAACCCCCUGCUGCCGAUGAACUCUGCCGGAGCAUAGAUCUCUUUCCAGCCCAGACAUCUGCUGCUGCUGGACUCAGGACUGCAUUUUGAUGUCCACUAUGCACUGCCAGUGCAAACUUUGCCAGCAACAUUAAAAGGGAAGUAUCCACUGAAAAUCAAAGGACAAGACAUGACUGUUAUGCCUAAUGUACUCUUCCUUUGUAGCUCUCCGAGGAGUAUAACACAAAAGAUGUGCCCCUGCAUCCUUUUGGGAAGGCUAUAGCAAGUGCAUGAGGAAUUUCCAAGUGUCAUCUCCUUUGAGCUUCAUUACAGAAUAUCCUUCAUUGUUCAUUGUCAUUUUUUUCUUCUCUUACCCUAUAUUCCUGGAUUUCAGAAACAGCAUGUACCAAAGCUGAGCAGGGUCUAGAGCAAUUCGGAAAUAGAGAGAAGUCCAAACUGAACAACCAUUUUAUCUCCCCCUUAGAAGUGUUCAACAAACCCUUGAUCAUUGCAGGGAAUGAAACUCGUGUGCUGACUUAAUCCCAACUCAGCAUUAAGGUCACAGAAUAGUUCAUAUAGACUCUUUUGUAGGCAUAAAAUGUUCUUUAAAAAUGCAGGGAGAAAUGUUUCCUCUUUACCUUGAUGGCUUUCCAUUUUUUGUGCUGCAGCAGAGAUCAACAGUCCUCCUGUUUGCUCUGACUCUCUUCCAGCACUGCAGCCUGGGUCAGAAGUGAUGGGGACAGGCCUAGGAAUAAUUUAUUUCAUUGAAUUGCAGGUGUAAAGAGAGGCUCAAGAACAUUCAAGUAAAUUGUCAUAUGUGCCAGACAGUCAGAUCUAAGAACCAGAAGUUUGUGUACAUGUUAAGUUACUGCUUCACCUUUUCUUCAUCUGCCAUUUCAGACUGAGUGUGCCAUUUGUAUACACAUGGUUUUUUCACCAGAAGUGGUUGCGAAGAAAAACAUCAACAACUAAAAUUGGGGGUGGGGAAGACUGACUUAGGAUCUUUGCUGUUGAUCCUUUAUUUGACUUUGGGACAAUAUUCUCCCCAUUAUUCAAAAGCGGAAUAGACGAGGAUAAAUCUGUGACAUCGUAGUGGAUUGCUCAGAUAAAAACUGUAUUGUCAUCAACUUUUAAGUGCACUUUUAAAAUGCUCAAGUGAUGAUCCCAAAAUAGUGACAUUCCCAUUAAUAUAUUGGUAGAGCCUUACUGUGUGAUGCUGUAGUAUUGAAUUUUAAUUAGAAGGAGAGUUUAAGUUAUAUAUACAAAUAUAUAUGUAUUUGCGUAUCAUAUUAAUGUUAGUUACUGUAAAUAUUGCUUACCGAUCAGGAGUAGAUCUAGAGUCCUAUAAUAAGUGUUACUCACCUUGAAGGAGAAGAAGGAGGAGGGAGAAAAUCUUAUUUGUUUUUCAAAGGUGUGUCAGCAUUCUAACAAAACAAGGCAAAACAUUCUCCCUUACAACUUAAUCUCAAUCCUAUUUGGAGCAUGAUUUAUUGACACAUGAAAGAGUACCAAUACUCUAAAAGAUAGGCCAGAUUCUCAGCUGCUCUCAAUCAACGUUCCUCCAUUGACUUUAAACCAAGAGGUUGGCCUGGUGUCUUAAAGGGGCCCAGUCUAAGUAGGCUUAGACUUUAGUCUUCAUUAAAAGUUGUGUGCUGCUUAAUGGUUGAGCACAUCCAACACAUGUAAGAAAAUAGGUACUUCUAUCCCAGAUGAGUCUGGUCUGUUUACACUUGGUUCUGGUUCAGCCUGGUUCUGGUGAUGCCAUGUCACAGGCUCCAAAGGAAAGUGAGAAAUCUCAGCAAAAGACAAUGAUGAAGCUGUCAGCAACCAGGGCAAAUUUCUCUCUAACUCCAUGGAGUUUGGACUUGAUUAAUCAGUAUUCAAUGUAUUGCCUUUUGAUUUUCUGUGAACAACCCCUUACUGCUCUAUCAGGAAACAGUGGACAGCAGUGCAUGAUUUUUCUCUCCUGUAUGAGACCUCACUUUACUCAGCUCUAACCUCCCCUCUCUUACCCAUUUCUAAUCUGUUCUAGUCUUUUUGCUCUCUCUGUCCCCUCACGUGGAAAUCUUUUCCAGCCCCUAUCAUUUUUAGCAUGUCUCCCUGGAGUCAAUCCUCUUCAGCAUCAUUUGCUCUCAGACAGGCUGAAGUGAAAGUUCGCAUGACCAGGAUAUGCCGUAUGUUUACCGGGUGGUGUUUAAACCUUCUAGCUUUACUUCUCUCCCAGCGCUAUGUCCUGACAGUGUCUUUGCUUUUUAGCCACCCCGUGAGCGGGUCCAUCAUCACCUCUGGGAUAUUUUUCCUUUGUGGUUAUAGCUCAUCUUGAAGGAACCUAUUUUACAGCCAGUGAAGCCACGCAGCCUUGCUGCCGGCACACACUCGCCCUCCUUUCCCCGUGCUCCAGCUGGGGAUGUGGUUAGGCUGCCGGUGCAUGAGAUCACAUCCAGCACGGCUACUCCCUGGAAGCCAAAGUGUUGCUUAGUAACCCACUCAUGGAAGUACCAGAAGCAUUUUUCAAUCUGUCACGUUGGCGAAAAACACUGGCUUCUUGAUUUAGAGGCAUUCUGCUGUGCGUAGCAGGGCUGUGCUCCAUUACCUUGCAUCUAGUGCUAUCUGCAAGUGAGGAAACGAACCUCCCAUUUAGUGGAGGGGCUGGGGAAGGUGGAUGAGGCACAGAAAACAUUUGCCCAGGAUUGCAUGUGAAGCCUUUAGCUGGUUCUUCUGGCAUCUAGUCCUCAUCUUAACUCCCUUCCCAUGGGAGAUAUUCCCUCCUUAUGAAAGUGCACUCCAGGGUACUAUAGCAAUUGGCCAAACAGGACCCUGCAGCACCUUCAUCUAUUAUGAGACAUUACUGCAAUAAAACAUAGUGUGUCAUACAGAAACUGGAUGAGGUAUUGCAAUAUUUAUGUUGUAAGCCUCAGUGUCAUGGACAAUUGCUACAGAAUAAUGUAUGUCUUUUUUUAAUGCAGUGGAGUCACAGCAGCUUUGCAAGAGCACACAGAACACCAACCAUCUGGGAUUACAUGGUUUCCUCAGUUUUUUUCAAAUUAUUCUGUUACAGAGAGUUAAAUGAAAAACAUCCUCUCAAUUCAAAAAUAGACUGUAAAGGCUUUUAGGUUACUCACUUCCCCUUUUAAGAAUAAUUCAAUUUGGGAGCAAAACAUCCAAGAACUGUGUUCUGACUUCAGAGGCUUGCUCCUUUAUCUGGCACUGGUUUGUCCUUAAAAAUGGCUUCAAAAAGUAACUUGAGGGCUUUUAUUGGAGGUACCUUAUUGAUUUUGCUAUCAAAUCUCUUCAGUUUGGAAGUGAAAAGGUAUUUUAAACAAUGUCUAACUUUGAGCUCUGGGGUCCAACUGGGCUCUUCCUGUCCUACUUCUUGUCACCAGAGAGAGUAGAGCCAUAGUCUGUGUCCAGCCAUGGUAUCACCCACUUCUGUGGCUUGCCUCUUCUUGUCAGAUUGUGUCCUGGAAGCCCUCUGCAAAAAAAAUGAAUGGGUUUUAUAAGGGUCAUGGAAGGUCCAGAGUGGUCUGGAGACAAGGUUGUUAGACAAGUGUUCCUGAGAGGCUCUUUUGGUCUUCAGAGGGUCUCUUACCCGGGACGAGGUUCAGUGCUGCAGUGAUGAAAUCAGCAGUUUGUUUCUUGUGCAAAGCCCUUUCAGUGCAAGGUCAGUGACGCACACAGCAGUUGUGGGCUAAAGCUUGACUCAGCAUAAAAAUGAAAAAACAUCCCACAACACGAGAAGCUCCGAACUUGAUUUCUGAGGACUUUCUGAGGUAGUGAGUACAUUCCUGUGGUCCUUCCUAGUCUAAUAGAUAAAUUUGAGUAUGGGAUAAAAAGUCUUUCAAUUUUAUUGCACGUAGUUUAAGGAAUACAGAAACUGAUCAAAAAAUGUUCCUGAUGACCGGUGUGUGGCCAGCAUAAGAGCAAUUGAUGACCCGCUGUGGGUCCAAGUGCAGAAGUAUCUACAUCACCAAAAUAUUCAGAAUGAACUGGCUUCUCUAGGGGGCGGGGAGCAUUUUUGUCAGGGGAGCCAAAGACUGUGAAUGCCUGAUCUACAUUUUAAUUCUUAGAACUGGCUGUGCCAGCUCAGGAUUGAUGGAAAUCUUGCCCUUGUGAUGCUUUGCUCUGUGGAAAGAGGGUUCAGAGAAGCACUAACUGUACAAUGCAUUGUUUGUUUUAAAAGUAGCAGGAUAUCUAUUUCCAGUCUUCUAAUACAUUAACCUUGAAGUUUGUUUGUAAUUAAAUAGUCCUGUCUUACCAGAUAGCCAUUGAAGCAAAAGAACUGUUGUUAUGAAGAGAGCGGGCUAGGGAAGAGCAGGUGGACUGGGUAACUUCUAGGCAAUAGUGAGAAAGCACAUCCACUCCCUGCAUUCACAGGGGAAGAGCACCUCUUUGCACGUUCUGCACAAUAAGAUUAUUUGAGCUGAGAGAGAUUUCAGAGCAACUGAGUUAGCUACAAAGCGGGGGAUAUUCUACUAAUGUUAAUUCUUGUUUAGUUUUUGAGGUUUCUAUUUGCUCAUAUACUCACAGCUUUCUUUUCAACAUUGGGGAUGCUGUAGGUUAUCUCUGUCUCACCUAACCGGGAUCUGCCUGCCCUUAUGGAAGCAACAAAAUGUAGGUUGGAAGCUGCCCCACUUCCUGGCUGUAUAUAUCCCUACCUAUACAUGAUAUAUGUGUAUGUCGAGUGACUGCAUUAUAGUGUCUUUUGUAAUGCAAUAACUGUGGUGUCAAGAUAAUGUGGUUGGAGAAAACUAGGAAUACCUAAAACUUAACUUGAAUAGAAUAUCAAAGUCACUAAAAAGGUGAUACAGCUGAAGUUUUCUUACUCUGAGCCACCACCGUGUUUGCUACAAUAUGCCAGCUUCUGUAUCCCCUAAAUAGACUUUUAUGCUCUUUGCAUCAGAAGAGAACUUGACUUUUGUGUCUUCACUCUGAGCUGGAGCCAUUGGUGUUCAGUCUUUUCAUAAUGUGCUGACAAAUUGAAAAGCUAACUUUGUCAUGGGUUUGCCAACUUCCGUAGCUGCCUACCAAAAUAAUCUAAUGCCAGUCAGUGAAUAGCCUGGAGGAGUUUUGGGUGCUGCUGACUGAAGCGUGCCAUUGAAAUGUUGGUCUUCAGGGCAAUAGUGAUAAGAAAGUUUUGUACAAAUGCUUGUGAGAAAAACCCAGCAGGCUCAGAUGAAACCAAUUGUCCUGUUAGUCACACAGUAAGUACACAGGCGAGCCGGAACAACGGAGUGAGGGGAAAAAAUCAGGACCUCUGCCUGAAGAAUACCCUAGAUAUCACUCUCACUUCAGAGGAAAAACCUUUCUGUGACCGAUCCUGGGGUGGCAAGUAGAUGAGCUCACAAGGCUGGAGAGACACGUCACUGUAGUGUGUUUGUCACCAUGUCUUUGAUUAUGUAAACGUAUCAGAAUAGGAGAAAAAUGCCCGUCAUUUCUUUCAAAUUCCUUUUCAGCUACGUACACUACCUCCAGGUUGCCUGUUGCUACCCCCUGUGAGGCCUCAUUGGAGUUUACACUAUGCUGCUUGGUAUUCGUUUACUUUUGGUGGCCACAGACUAAGGUUACAGGUUUGGGAACCAGUACAUAAUUGUAAGGACAGCUUCCUGUGUUAUUUUUUUUUUCCCCUUUCCCUCCUUUGUAAAGUGUGAACCUUUCUUUUGAACUCUGAAGUGACUGUAUCGUUACAAUGUGUGUAUGUAGAGAUUUGUUUUGACAUGGCUUGUGUGGAGGACCUUUGCUCUUCUUAUCUCACACUCAGUUUUAUUAAGUAAGUGCUUGAUAGCUUUGCCAGCCUUUUGUGGGGGAGGAGAGCUGAUGGGGUGGGUUCUUAUGCUUCAAAACUUGGUGUUUUUUGAGGGAAAUUUGCCCAGCUUUGCCUAGAGUAGUAUGAGAAUCCAGGGUGCUCCUGACUGUUCUUCAGUCGUCCCGAUCUGAUUUCUUCCAGGAGAAAGAGAUCAGUCUUGACACCCUCAGAAAAAUAUGUUGCUUAAUGCUAUAAGCCAGCACUGACCAAGAAGGCCCAUCAGUUUGUCAUGCAUGGAAACUUGCAUGAUGUUUCUCCCCCAUCUGAAGGUGUCUAUCUGAGCACAGACUGAAUCACACCCUUCGCUCACGACAACUGACAUUGCUCCGUGGACGCUAAUGGAGCUACCACAGCUUGCACCAGCCAAGGAUCAGCCCUUCUGUGUUUUGGUGGUUAGGAAACCCGUGAGUGAAAUCCUACAGAGGUUUGAGAGAAGAGGGCAACGUGUGUUGGAAACCUCUCAACUUUGCAGGAUUUCUUUGAUAUUCAUACACAUUUGCAAGAAUGUAUUCCAAGCAUCUUGUACUGUUAUUAGUAACUUGUACUGUAGUUUGUUAGCAGUGUUGACUACCUACAUAGCUAAUAUUCUGUUGCAACUUAGAAAAAGUGUAAACGAUUGCAGAAAACAGGAGUUUAGAACUUGUAUGUACUUUUUUUUUAUAUUAAAGCACUUCAAUUAAAAGUACAAGGAAAAAUG